CGCGUCAUAUGAUUAGAUUUCGUCCGAAGCAGUUGCAGUAUAAAGGCCGAGCAGACGUGACGCAGUCCAUUGGAGAGGCCGGCUUCGUCUGGUUAGCUGUCUAGUCAUCCGUGUUCCUUUGUUCACCGCGUUUCAGGCAACGAUGAAGUAUCUGUGGGCUUUCGGCAUCGCCGUCGUCCUGGCGAUGCCGGCGCUAGGACAAAGUGACGGGCAGAGUGCACCGACGGCACCGGAGGUGGACGAGCAGUCACACAGGCCGGUCCACUUCACCUACUGGCUGUGGGUUGGGACCGAGGUGAACGAGACGUUCAACCUGUCGCUGACGGUGCCGCCGCACACCAGCAUGUUUAAAUGCAUGAAGCUGGCGGCCAGACGAGACAGCCAUUACGAGUUCACGAAAGUGGACUUCUCGUUCGGCCAUUACAUUGAUAGCAUUGGUGGCUACCACGAGCAGAAGGACAACAGCAUCUUUUGGAUGCUGUACAGGCUGCCUUCCCCGCCCGACAGGAACAACAAACCAGACGACAGCGCCCUGACCCCAAAAGGCGUUGACGGUGUCUUUCCGAGAAACGGAGACCACAUCUUGUUCUGGUACAAAGAGGUGGACCUGAGCACCCACCAGUGAAUGGUAUGGGGGGCGUUGUGGACGCCGCUCCCGGUCAAACGCGUGCUGCCAUUGUUAUCAGGAGAAGAAGGCCCCGAGGCUCACGGCGCCUGCGGUUCUAAACGUUCGGACUGUAUCCGAUUAUGUCAUGAUCAACACAGCGUUGAUAUAGACUUGAUUUAGAGCUGAUACAGGUGGAUGCAGUUUUAUACGCACUUGACACGGGCAGAGCAGUAUCGUGCUCCGUGGCGUGCGUCAGGUCAGAGGUGCUCGCCAGGGCUCGUUGUACUCGUUGUGACGGGCCUUUGUAAAGCAUCGAUGUGAGCCAAUGCGAUUAAAUAUAUGAUCUAUUUCGCCUGGGCUGUUGUGCAUGGUGGCAUU